AUAAAAUAAGAUCUUUGUGGGGGAAGCAUCACUCUGUUCCUUGCACGAGUCGCUAUGGGAGUUGUUCAGCUUUUCCUCGUCGCAUUGGUGGCGUUGGCAGGAGCAGAGAACGUUAUAAGGAAGGACGCCAGUCACCUCACGGCGGACGAAAUCCAGGCUCUCCAUGGUGCUCUCCAUGCCGUCGUUAAUGCAUCAGGGCCAUUUGGCUUCAGGGAAAUAUCAGCGUACCAUGCCUCGCCCCCAUCGUGUGACCACAACGGACGGAAGAUAGCCUGUUGUGUCCACGGUAUGCCCACCUUCCCCUUCUGGCACAGGGCUUACGUUGUCCAGGCGGAGCGAGCACUUCUAGCCCAACGGAAGACUGUGGGGAUGCCUUACUGGGAUUGGACGGAGACGCUCACUCAACUUCCAGCUCUUGUGACUGAACCCAUCUUCAUUGACAGUCUUGGUGGAAAGACUCAACCCAAUUACUGGCACCGAGGCGAAAUAGCGUUUGCCAACAAGGCGACUGCGAGAGCUGUAGAUGAUCGCCUUUUCGAGAAGGUGGAGACCGGCCACUACACAAAACUUAUGGAGUCUGUCCUAGAUGCUCUGGAACAGGACGAAUUCUGUAAAUUCGAAAUCCAGUUUGAGCUUGCUCAUAAUGCUAUCCACUACUUGGUGGGCGGGAAAUAUGAAUACUCAAUGUCCAACCUGGACUACACCGCCUACGACCCUAUCUUCUUCCUCCAUCAUUCCAACGUCGACCGUAUCUUCGCAAUAUGGCAGCGUCUUCAGGAGCUAAGGGGAAAGAACCCCAACGCAAUAGACUGUGCACAUGAGCUGGCUCACCAGGAACUUGAACCUUUCAACAGAGCCACCAAUCCAGUACCCAUCACCAAGCAACAUUCGAGACCCGUUGACCUCUUUGAUUACCACCAGCUUGGAUACAGUUACGAUAGCUUAAACCUGAAUGGAAUGACACCAGAAGAGUUGAAAAUAAAGCUAGAUGAACGCCACUCCAAGGAAAGAGCAUUUGCAAGCUUCAGACUCAAGGGUUUUGGAGGAUCUGCAAACGUUGUUGUAUAUGCAUGUCUCCCAGAUAGUGAUCCACGCAGUGAUGAUCACUGCGAGAAGGCAGGAGACUUCUUCGUUCUUGGAGGCUCAACCGAAAUGCCCUGGAUAUUCUACAGACCUUACUUCUUUGAUGUAACUAAGGCGGUACAACGGCUUGGCGUGGUGCUAAGUGGGCACUACUAUGUGAAAACAGAACUCUUCAGUGUGAAUGGCACAUCUCUCUCCCCUGAUAUUCUACCUCAACCAACUGUUGCCUACCGACCUGGGAAAGGUCACAUUGACCCACCAGUACAUCAUCGUCAAAAUGAAGAUUACAUCGUUAGGAAGAAUAUUAAUCAUCUGACUCGUUCUGAGACUUACGAAUUGAGGAAGGCUAUGGAGAGAUUCCAGGCGGACACAUCUGUUGAUGGAUUCCAGGCUACAGUCGAGUACCAUGGCCUUCCUGCUCGUUGUCCGGAACCCGAUGCAAAAGUCAGGUUCGCCUGUUGUAUGCAUGGUAUGGCAUCCUUCCCACACUGGCACAGGCUGUUUGUUACCCAGGUAGAAGAUGCUCUUGUAAGACGUGGAUCUCCUAUUGGUGUUCCUUACUGGGAUUGGACUAAACCUAUGACUCAUCUACCAGACUUAGCAGCCAGUGAAAACUACGUAGACCCAAAUGGACACACACGUCAUAAUCCAUUCUUCAAUGCAAAUAUAUCUUUUGAGGAGGGGCACCAUCACACAAGCAGGUCAAUAGAUGCAAGACUGUUUGCGCCCGCAGCUUAUGGGGACCAUACUGCUCUUUUUGAUGGAAUCCUGUAUGCCUUUGAGCAGGAAGAUUUCUGCGACUUUGAGAUCCAGUUUGAGCUCGUCCAUAACUCAAUUCAUGCUUGGAUAGGCGGCUCCGAAGAUUAUUCCAUGUCGACUCUUCAUUACACAGCCUUUGAUCCCAUUUUCUAUCUUCACCAUUCCAAUGUCGAUCGUCUCUGGGCAAUUUGGCAAGCCUUACAGAUCAGGAGACAGAAACCAUAUCGAGCCCACUGUGCACAGUCCAUAGAACAGUUGCCUAUGAAGCCAUUUGCUUUCCCAUCCCCUCUUAACAACAACGAGAAGACACAUAGUAAUUCUGUGCCCACUGAUAUUUAUGACUACGAGGAAACUCUGCAUUACAGUUAUGAUGACCUUACCUUUGGUGGGAUGAAUCUUGACGAAAUUGAAGAUACUAUACAUCACAGACAACAGCAUGAACGAGUCUUUGCAGGAUUUUUACUUGGAGGAAUAGGAAAAUCGGCACUUGUAAAUAUCUUCAUAAACAAACCAGGGUCUAGCCCUCACAAAGCUGGAGAUAUUGCAAUUCUUGGUGGUACCAAGGAAAUGCCUUGGGCAUUUGACCGAUUGUUUAAGGUCGAAAUAACUGAUGCAUUGAAAGCACUCGCACUUGAUGUUGACGGAGAUUAUGAAGUUACUUUUGAUAUUCAUGACAUGCAUGGAAACAAACUUUCUUCAGACCUCAUUCCACAUCCAGCAGUUAUAUCUGAGCCAGCUCAUCCUACGUUUGAGGAUGUAUCAACCAGCUUACGUAUUAGAAAGAAUGCUGACUACUUAACUCCUGAAGAGACAAAUGACCUGCGUCAUGCCCUGGACCUUCUUGAAAAAGAUCCGUCUCCAGGAGGAUUCAAUCAGCUUGGCGCCUUCCAUGGAGAGCCUAAAUGGUGCCCUCAUCCUGAAGCUUAUCACAAGGUUGCCUGCUGUGUCCACGGCAUGGCUGUUUUUCCACAUUGGCACAGGCUUCUUGCUCUCCAAGCAGAAAAUGCUCUAAGAAGGCAUGGCUACAGUGGGGCGUUACCAUACUGGGAUUGGACCCGUCCAAUAAACAAACUUCCAGAUCUGGUUACUCCUGAGACCUAUACUGAUCCUUCUGACAAUCAAGAUAAGCAUAAUCCGUGGUACAACGGUCAUAUUGAGACAGUAGAUCAAUAUACUACCAGAAACGUACGUGAGGAUCUUUAUCAACAACCUGAAUUUGGACAUUUUACUGAUAUUGCUCAGCAAGUUCUCUUAGCUUUGGAGCAAGAUGACUUCUGUUCUUUUGAAGUACAGUAUGAAAUUUCUCAUAAUUUUAUCCAUGCGCUUGUAGGAGGAACAACCCCAUAUGGAAUGGCAUCACUGAGAUAUACAGCAUACGAUCCAAUAUUUUUCUUGCACCAUUCAAAUACAGACAGGAUCUGGGCUAUAUGGCAAGCCCUGCAAAAAUACAGAGGCAAACCAUAUAACACUGCCAACUGUGCCAUUGCAUCUAUGAGGAAACCUCUACAACCAUUUGGACUGAGUAGUGACGUAAACCCUGACAUCAUCACCAGAGAGCAUGCAAUACCGUUUGAUGUUUUCGACUAUAAGGAUAAUUUUCAUUACAAAUAUGAUACCUUGGAAUUUAAUGGUCUGUCCAUUUCACAACUUAACCGGGAGCUUGACAGAAUCAAGAGUCACGACAGAGUAUUUGCCGGAUUCUUGCUGUCGGGAAUUAAAAAAUCUGUCCUUGUCAAAUUUAAUGUCUGUGCACCACCUCAUGACUGCCAUCCCGCAGGAGAGUUUUAUCUGCUUGGGGACGAAAACGAGAUGGCUUGGGCCUAUGACCGAGUUUUCAAGUAUGAUAUUACUAAUGUAUUGGAUGAGAACAAUCUACACUUUUAUGAUCACAUCUUCAUUUCCUAUGAAGUCUUUGAUCUGCAUGGAACGAGCUUAGGAACUGACAUUUUCCACAAAGCAAAUGUGAUACAUGAUUCUGGUACAGGCUCCCGAGAACAUGACAAGUAUGUUGAGGAAGUAACUGGUGCCAGCCAUAUCAGGAAGAACUUGAAUGACCUUAACCUUGGAGAAAUGGAAAGCCUUAGAGCAGCUUUCUUGCACAUUCAGAAUGAUGGAACAUAUGAAUCUAUUGCCCAGUACCAUGGUAAACCAGGCAAAUGUGAACUGAAUCAUCAUAGUAUUGCCUGCUGUGUUCAUGGUAUGCCUACCUUUCCCCAGUGGCACAGACUAUAUGUGGCCCAGGUUGAGAAUGCACUCCUUAAGAUGGGAUCGAGUGUAGCUGUCCCUUACUGGGAGUGGACUGCUCCAAUAGAACAUCUUCCUGGUUUGAUUGAUGAUGCUACAUACUUUAAUUCCCGUCAACAAAGAUACGAUCCUAAUCCUUUCUUCCGGGGAAAGAUUAGUUUUGAAAAUGCAGUAACAACAAGGGACCCACAAGAAGAGCUCUUCAACUCAGAGUACAUGCAUAACAAUGUUUUGCUUGCACUAGAGCAGGACGAUUAUUGUGACUUUGAAAUUCAGUUUGAGCUUGUUCAUAAUGCACUUCAUUCCCUGUUGGGAGGAAAAGGUCAGUACUCUAUGUCCUCUCUCGACUAUUCUGCAUUUGAUCCUGUCUUCUUCCUCCACCAUGCAAACACGGACAGAUUAUGGGCAAUCUGGCAGGAACUACAACGAUACAGAGGACUUCCUUAUGAAGAGGCCAAUUGUGCAAUUAACCUUAUGCAUCAACCACUGAUGCCAUUCAGUGAUCCACAUGAGAAUCACGACAAUGUCACUCUCAAACACUCAAAACCACAGGACUGCUUCGACUAUAGGAACAACUUUGGAUACAAGUAUGACAACCUUGAGUUCCACCAUUUAUCUAUUCCAAGUCUUGACGCUACUCUGAAGGCAAGAAAAGAGCAUGAUAGAGUAUUUGCUGGCUUCCUUCUCCAUAACAUAGGGACUUCUGCUGACAUAUCUAUCUACAUAUGUCAGCCUGAUGGAAGUGGUGGUAAUGAUUGUAGUCAUAAAGCUGGAACAUUCUAUGUCCUUGGCGGCGAAACAGAGAUGCCAUUUGUUUUUGACCGUUUGUAUAAAUUUGAAAUCACUGAAGCACUGCACAAACUCGGAGUCAAGUUGCAUGGUGGUCUUUUCGAUCUGGAGCUUGACAUCGUAGCAUACAACGGUUCACAUCUGGAUUCUCAUAUCUUUGAUCCAACCAUCAUCUUUGAACCUGGGAUAGAUACCCACGUCUUGGACCAUGACAAUACCGAAGAGAUACUUGUCAGGAAGAAUAUCAACGAUUUGAGUCCCAGGGAAAGGGUUUCCCUUGUCAAAGCUUUGAAGGGAAUGCAGAAUGAUCGUUCUGCUGAUGGUUUCCAAGCUAUUGCUUCUUUCCAUGCCCUGCCACCACUAUGUCCUAAUCCGUCUGCCGCACACCGUUUUGCUUGCUGUGUCCAUGGCAUGGCCACAUUCCCCCAGUGGCACAGACUUUACACUGUACAGGUCCAGGAUGCACUGAGAAGACAUGGUUCUCUUGUUGGUAUUCCUUAUUGGGAUUGGACAAAGCCAGUAUCUGAGUUACCCGAAUUUCUUUCUGCCGAGACAUUUCAUGAUCCAAUUCACGAUUUAAAUGUUUCAAAUCCAUUCUUCAAGGCUGAUAUAGAAUUUGAAGGCGACGGCGUUCAUACUGAGAGAGACAUACAAUCAGAUUUCCUGUUCCAUAGUGGAGAUCAUGAAGGAUACCAUAACUGGUUCUUUGAGACUGUUCUCUUUGCUUUGGAACAGGAAGACUACUGUGAUUUUGAAAUACAGUUUGAGAUAGCCCAUAAUGGUAUCCACACAUGGAUUGGUGGAAGCGCAAAAUAUGGCAUGGGACACCUUCACUAUGCAUCAUAUGAUCCAAUUUUCUAUAUCCACCAUUCACAGACGGAUAGGAUAUGGGCUAUUUGGCAAGAACUGCAGAAAUACAGGGGUCUAUCUGGUUCAGAAGCAAAUUGUGCCAUUGAACUCAUGAGAACACCUCUAAAGCCUUUCAGCUUUGGGCCACCUUACAACUUGAAUUCUCAUACACAAGAGUUUUCAAAACCUGAGGACACUUUUGACUAUAAGAAGUUUGGAUACAGAUAUGAUAAUCUGGAAUUGGAGGGAAGGUCAGUUGCUCAUAUUGAUGAACUUAUCCAGGAAAGGCAGGAGCACGACAGAACCUUUGCUGGGUUUCUUCUUAAAGGUUUUGGUACCUCUGCCACUGUGACACUCAAGGUUUGCAGAGAUGACCACACCUGUCAAAAUGCUGGAUAUUUCACUGUUUUGGGAGGAUCAGCCGAAAUGCCUUGGGCAUUCGACAGACUCUACAAGUAUGACAUAACUAAAACUCUUGAUCAUAUGAAUCUAAGGCACGAGGACACCUUCUACAUAAAUGGAACUGUCACUGCUUACGACGGAACAGUACUCCCAGGAGACCUCAUCCCACCAGCAUCCAUCAUAUUUGUACCUGGACGCCAUCAUCUAAAUUCACGGAAACAUGCACCUAACAAGAUCCGUCAUGAACUCAGUAGCCUUAGUUCCCGUGAUGUAGCGAGUUUGAAGGCUGCUUUGACUAGUCUUCAGAAGGAUGAUGGACCGGAUGGUUAUCAAGCCAUCGCUGCAUUCCAUGGCCUUCCUGCACAGUGUCACGAUACAUCUGGACAUCAGAUCGCUUGUUGCAUCCAUGGUAUGGCGACAUUCCCCCACUGGCACAGGUUGUACACUCUCCAGCUGGAACAGGCCUUGGCCAAACAUGGUUCAAGUGUCGCUGUGCCUUACUGGGAUUGGACCAGACCAAUUACUGAACUGCCACACAUUCUGACAGACGGGGAAUAUUACGACUUUUGGCAAGAUGCUGUCAUGCCCAAUCCAUUUUCUAGAGGUCAUGUUAAUUUUGAAAAUACAUUCACAGUGAGAAAUGUCCAGGAAGCUCUUUUCAAAUUGUCCCCCAUUGGAAAACACUCGGUUCUGUUUGACCAGGCCUUGCUGGCUCUUGAACAAACCGACUACUGUGACUUCGAGGUUCAGUUUGAAGUGAUGCAUAACACCAUCCAUUAUCUUAUUGGAGGACGUCAAACGUAUGCUUUCUCCUCUCUUCAUUAUGCAUCCUAUGAUCCAGUCUUCUUUAUACAUCACUCAUUUGUUGACAAAAUAUGGGCUAUUUGGCAAGAAUUGCAAAGCAGGAGACAUCUACAAUUUAAUGGAGCAGAUUGUGCUGUGUCGCUCAUGAGUAAAGCAAUGAGACCUUUCAACAAGGACUUCAACCACAAUCCAUUCACCAAGAGGCAUGCAGUUCCAAAUACGUUAUUUGACUAUGAAGAUCUUGGCUAUAACUAUGACAACCUUGAAAUCAGUGGUUUGAACCUGAAAGAAAUCGAGGCGUUAAUAGCAAAACGUAAGUCCCAUGCCAGAGUCUUUGCUGGCUUUCUGUUGUUUGGAAUAGGAACGUCAGCUGAUGUCCACCUAGACAUAUGCAAGACAUCUGAGGACUGCCAUCAUGCUGGUGUUCUUUUCAUCCUUGGGGGCUCUGCGGAGAUGCAUUGGGCAUACAACCGACUCUACAAGUAUGACAUAACGGAAGCAUUGCAUGAAUUUGGUAUCAACCCUGAAGAUGUCUUCCAUGCUGAUGAAGCAUUUUUCCUGAAGGUUUCGGUGGUAGCUGUGAAUGGCACCGUCCUUCCACCGUCACUUCUUCAUGAGCCAACAAUACUUUAUGAACCAGGCGUAGGUCAUCAUGAAGACCACGAGUCCGGUAACCUGGCAGGAUCCGGCGUACGAAAGGACGUAAACACCCUCACAACAGCUGAGACUGACAACCUGAGAAAAGCUCUUCGAGGUGUAAAGGAAGACCAUGGCCACAACGGUUUUCAAGCAAUUGCUGCUUUCCAUGGAAAACCAGCUAUGUGCCCCAUGGCCGAUGGCCACAACCUAUCAUGCUGCACUCAUGGUAUGGCUACCUUCCCACACUGGCAUCGACUCUAUACCAAGCAAAUGGAGGAUGCAUUAAAGGCUCAUGGAUCCCAUGUUGGCCUUCCCUACUGGGACUGGACUGCUGCGUUCUCACAUCUGCCAACCCUUGUCACUGACAACGACAACAACCCUUUCCACGAUGGCACCAUUGAAUAUCUCAAUGUCACAACUACCCGUUCCCCAAGAGACUCACUAUUCAACGACCCCGAGCAUGGAUCAGAGUCGUUCUUCUACAGACAAGUUCUUUUCGCUCUGGAGCAAACUGAUUUCUGCAAGUUUGAGGUCCAGUUUGAGAUUACCCAUAACGCUAUCCACUCAUGGACAGGUGGUCACAGUCCUUAUGGAAUGUCUACCCUCGACUUCACCGCUUACGAUCCUCUCUUCUGGCUUCACCACUCCAACACUGACAGAAUCUGGGCUAUCUGGCAAGCUUUGCAAGAAUACAGAGGACUCCCAUACAAUCAUGCAAACUGUGAGAUCCAGGCAAUGAAAACGCCACUGAGGCCUUUCAGUGACAACAUCAACCACAACCCAGUUACCAAGGCUAACUCAAGGCCAGUAGAUGUGUUCGAGUACAAUCGAUUAAGGUACCAGUAUGACAACUUGGUGUUCCAUGGGCACACUAUUCCAGAACUCAAUCACAUGCUUGAGGAAAGGAAGAAGCACGACAGAAUAUUUGCCGCCUUCCUUCUUCGUGGAAUCAAGAAAAGUGCUGAUGUUGUAUUCGAAAUAUGCGAACCAAAUCAUGAAUGUGUGUUUGCUGGAACAUUUGCAAUUUUGGGAGGUGAGCUAGAGAUGCCCUGGUCCUUCGACAGAUUAUUCCGCUAUGACAUCACCAAAGUGAUGAAACAACAGCAUCUGAGACACGAUUCAGACUUCUCGUUCAAGGUCAAGGUUGUUGGCACUGACGACAAAGAGCUUCCUCACGGCAUUUUAAAAGAACCAACCAUUGAAUAUGAACCAGCAUUGGGCGAUGGACUGAAACAUGAAGAUGAAGGUCAUGACGACAGGCUGUCACAUGUCCUGAUAAGGAAAGAAGUGGACUUCCUCUCCCUGAAGGAAGCUAAUGCCAUUAAGGAUGCACUGUACAAGCUCCAGAAUGACCAUAGUAAAGGCGGCUUUGAAGAAAUAGCUGGCUAUCAUGGUUACCCUAACAAGUGCCCGGAGAAGGGUGACGACAAGUAUCCAUGCUGCGUCCAUGGAAUGCCCAUAUUCCCUCACUGGCAUCGCCUGCAUACUAUCCAAAUGGAGAGAGCUCUUAAAAAUCAUGGUUCUCAGAUUGGCAUUCCUUACUGGGACUGGACAAAGAGGAUGUCAAGCCUACCAGCAUUCUUUGGAGAUGACAGUAAUAACAACCCAUUCUACAAAUAUCACAUCAGGGCUGUGAACCAAUAUACCACCAGGGAUGUUGAUGUUGAACUGUUCAAUCAGACCAAGUUUGGUGAAUAUGAUUACCUGUACUACUUGACGCUGCAGGUCCUGGAAGAAAACUCAUACUGUGACUUUGAGGUUCAGUACGAAAUCCUUCACAACGCCGUUCAUGCCUGGCUUGGGGGUGCUGGAAAGUAUUCAAUGUCCACCCUUGAGUAUUCAGCUUACGACCCUGUCUUCAUGAUUCAUCAUUCCAGUUUGGAUAGAAUCUGGAUCCUUUGGCAGCAACUGCAAAAGAGGAGAAUGAAACCUUACUACGCAGCAGACUGUGCUGGAGAUCUUAUGAAGUUCCCCAUGCAUCCAUUUAGCUACAAGUCUGAAAAUGAAGACGAGUUCACUCGCGUCAACUCUGUUCCAAACGUAGUAUUUGAUCAUUACAAGUUCAACUAUGAUUACGAUAACAUGAGAAUCAGAGGCCAUGACAUCAAUGAGCUUGAAGCGAUAAUUAAUGAAUUAAGAAACAAAGAUCGCAUAUUUGCUGGUUUUGUUUUGUCGGGCAUCAGAACAACAGCAACAGUUAAAGUUUUCAUCCAUGGGACUGGUGCUACAGAUCAUGAAGAAUUUGCUGGAAAAUUUGCAAUUUUGGGAGGCGAAAAGGAGAUGCCAUGGGCAUAUGAGAGGCUGUUGAAAUUGGACAUAACCGAUGCCGUGCAUCGCCUUCAUCUGAAGGAUGAAGAGAUCCGUUUUAGAAUGGAAGUUACCGCCUAUAACGGUGUCCCUGUUUCUACCAAGCUCGCCGACCCAUUGAUUGUCCACCGUCCAGCUCAUGCGUCUCAUGACAUCUUAGUCAUCCCAGUAGGAAAGGGCCAUCAACUGCCCCCUAAAGUGGUUGUGAAGAGUGGCACCAAGAUUGAGUUUACACCUAUAGAUUCCUCGGUGGACAGAGCGAUGGUAGAGCUGGGCAGCUUUACUGCUAUGGCUAAGUGCAUCGUUCCUCCCUUCACAUACAAUGCUUUUGAGCUGAACAAGGUCUACAGCGUGGAUCACGGGGACUACUACAUCACUGCAGGUACCCACGAGCUGUGUGAGCAGAACGUCAGGCUCAAUGUCCACGUUGAAGAGGAGUAACUCAAAGGUUUCCAUGGUGACCGCGCGACUGAGGCCCUGAAGACACUUCUGAAAGAAGCCACCAGGAGGCGUGCAGGUCGCGAAAGAAUUGUUCACGAUGUAUACGUUUCGGACUAACAAUAUACGUAUUUCAAAAUGGCUAGGUCCUUAGUAAGCUGAAAAGCACAACACAAUUCAUUUGUUUCCCGAGGGGCAUAGUUUAGGCAACGUAAUAUUAAUCUUUUGGACUAUCUGGACAUUCUCAAACUUAUCAAAAGCUGAUAGAAAACUGAUCAAAAAUGAAAACUUGAGCGCCCUGCAAAAAUCGUCCAGGUAACGCCCAUGAUGUGAAGAACGUUUUCAUGACCUAGAGUGACUUGUACAUAUGUAAAUAUAUUUUUGGAAAGAGUCAGUCCCACUAUUAUAAGGUAAUGCAUGACAAAUAAAAUCGGUCCGCUCAAAUAAAAUUUCACAUGAAUUGUGUGUAUUGUGAAGACUGGGAAUAAAAUAUUUAUAUUUCA